AGGCCAGCCUUUAGUUUCACAAACAGGCAACAUGUUUUUGGCGCUGAAGGACGUGCUGAUCCUAAGAAACACUCUCGCAAAAAUGCACUACAGUUCGGACGUCAUCCUUCGCCUUUCGCCCAGUUCCAGAUGUUCUUUUGAAAACCCUGUGCACGUGACCGUGAGUGGUUUAAAUCCACAACAACACGUUGAAUUGCGUUCUAAAAUGACAGACGACAAAGGAGUCGUUUUCAAGGCUUCGGCCAUUUACAGGGCAGACGACAGUGGCCAAGUAGACCUCAACUGUCAUUCCUCCCUUGGUGGCAGCUAUACUGGAAUUGAACCAGCAGGCUUGUUCUGGGCAUUGAAAGCCGAAGUCCUAAGCAGCAAGUUUGUAAAAAAGGAUGUGACACGACCUUCUCUCGUUGACAUUGAAGUUUUGAGCAAUGAUAAAGUUAUCGCCAAAGUGACAAACGAGAGACAUUGCAUGGCUGACGGUGUCCGGAGAGUUCCUGUAGCCGAAGGAAGAAUCAGAGGAACUCUUUUUCUGCCUCCUGGUACAGGCCCAUUUCCUGGGAUUUUGGAUACAUAUGUAUUUAAAGGAGGUCCUUUUGAGUUGAGAGCAGCUCUGAUGGCAAAGAAAGGGUUUGUGGUGCUUGCCUUGGCUUUCCAUGGUUACCAAGACUUACCCAAAAAAGCUGAAAAAUUUGAUCUUGAGUACUUUGAAGAGGGUAUAACAUUCCUACGGCAACAGCCUGAGGUCAAAGGUCAAAAAAUUGGCCUACUGUCCAUAUCAAAGAGUGGAGAUCUCGCUUUGUCAAUGGCAUCCUUCCUGCCUGGUAUAUCGGCUACUGUUUGUAUCAAUGGAUGCAAUGCCAAUACUUUGGUCCCUCUCCAGUACAAAGACAUCUGCCUUCCACCCCUUUUGUUCAAUCCCAAGAGAGUAAAAAUGACACCAUUAGGCUUUUUAGAUGUUGGGGAUGUUAUGCAUGACCCUAUGUCCAAAGAAGGCCUUCCUAGUGUCAUUCCUAUUGAGCGUGCCACUUGUAGCUUCAUGUUUAUAAUGUCAGAAGCUGACAGGAAUUGGCGAAGUGCCUAUUAUGCCAAACUAGCAUGCAACAGACUCCAAGAACAUGGCAAAAAUAACUACGAGCUGGUGAGGUAUGAAAAGGCGGGUCACUUUAUUGAGGUGCCUUAUAUGCCUUUUUGUCUAGCUGAUUUCCAUGCUGCAGCAGGACAUGUGGUUUUCUUUGGCGGGGAGCCCAAGGCCCAUGCAGAGGCACAGUUGGAUGCAUGGGCGAAGAUUCAGAUUUUCUUCAAAAAACACUUAGUUGGUGCUGAUCACAGCUGCACAUCUAUGCUUUGACAAAGGGGGCACAUACAUUACAUACACUAAAAAAAAUUAACUUUCACUAUUGUCAGUUUUACUAGAAUUAAUGUUACCAAGGGAACUUAAAUUAACUUUUUCAAAUUAAGUUGAUACUUAAUCAAAUUGCAUUGGGUCAACAUGAAUACUCUCUGUUUGGUGAACUGAAAUGGGGCAGAGGAUUUCUAGUUUUUGUUGCAUGCUGUGUAUGGGACUCAACAGGGAGAGUAAAUGUUAAAAUUAAGUGUUAUUUUUAUGUCUUUGUGCAUAAAAGACACGAAGAUGAAUGUAAAGUGGUGAUGUGUUAGUAUUUAAUGUUUUGUUAUGAGAUUUAGAAGAACUUCUGUUAUUUUGUAGUUUUGUGUACUGUAAAUUUGUUUUUAAUGCUAAUUCUAAGCAGUUAUUAUCGUUUGUAUUAGUCUUUGAUUUGUGUUAUUUGAAUAUAUAUAUAUAUAUAUAUAUAUAUAUAUAUAUAUAUAUAUAUAUAUAUAUAUCUCAGUGUUAGUGGAUGGUAUACUGAUCAAUAUACAUGACUAUAGGAAUUUCGCAUGCUAUAAAACUAAAAAAUGACCUUCUGACAGGACUGCUGAAUAUUGUUCAAACACUUUGUUAUACUGAUUUAUUCAUUUUAUUCGUUCUGAUUUUUUUUUGUUUUUUUGUUGAGAAAAUCAAUAUUGUCACAUCUGUUCCAGAUUGUAAUGCUAAUUGCAUAAUAAAAGCAGUUUCAAAAGUU